GUCGCAAAGGUGACAGUGGCGUUUGUGCUUUUCGUUGUUUCUGGUUUACACCUGAGAGUCUCUGUCCACAGUCCCACACGUGGGGUCUCGGGGUCACUACGGACGUUAAAAUCUCGGGACCCGCGCCUCAUAUCCGCGGAUUGACGUCUCAAGACUCACCCUGCCUGAGGAAAGAAGCCCAGAGAAGAAAGAAGAGGAAAGAAGGAGGAGUCAGGAAUGACUCUUUCUCAGGAACUGUUGACGUUCAGGGAUGUUGCCAUAGAAUUCUCUCAGGAGGAGUGGGAAUGCCUGGACCCUGCUCAGAGGGCCUUGUACAGGGAUGUGAUGUUGGAGAACUACAGGAACCUGCUCUCCCUGGAUAUCUCUCCUGGAUAUGUGAUCAAAGAAUUAUCACCAAAGGAGGACAUUAAUAAUGGAGAAUUAUUCCAAACAUUUAUUUUGGAAAGACAUACUCUGCCUCUCAGACUGAAAUAGAAAAUACUCACCAGACUCCAUCCUUCUGUCUGGACAGUGAGCUCAGUGUGAAGAUCAUGACAUAGGGUAUGUAUGUGGGAGAGAAGG